UCCUCAGGUGGUAAAGGUCUCCUGGAUGUGCAGCCCCACUGGGUGUCUGCUCUUGCGUGGCCCAGAGAGGAGGCGGAGUCUCUGUGGUGUGGGGAGCCCAAGGACAUGCUGCUGGUGGGACGGAUGGACGGAUCUUUGGGCCUGAUCGAGGUGCUGGACUCAGCCACCAUGCAUCGCACGGAGCUGGAGCACUGCUACAGGAAGGACGUGGCAGUGAUGCACGUGGCCUGGUACAGCGAGGACAAGCCGUUUGCUGUGGGCUACGCCGAUGGGAAGCUGCUGAUGGGCUCCAAGGAACCCUUAGAAAAGGACGCCGUUGUUGUCAUCGACGCUCAUAAGGAGUCCAUCAGCUGUAUGAAGUGGAGUCCCACCGGUCAGAUCCUGCUCACCUGUGCCAAAGAGGAGACGGUGAAGCUCUGGGCGUGUCAGGACCCGGCCUCUGGCUGGCGCUGCCUCCAGAGUCUCCGACAUCCUUCUAAUGUUAACAGUGUUGCCUGGUGCAAUCUGCUCGGGCGGGGGUCCAAGCCCCUCAACAUGUUUGCCAUGUAGGUUCUUCAUUCACACAGACCAGACUGACUCUGUA